AAUCAGCUAGGGAAGUAUGGUGAUAUCUAUUAGUUAAAGUUUUUAAAUGAUCAUAACUUGUCAGAUAAAUUCCUCAAACAUGAACUUAUAAAGUUCAAAACGUAGUGGAUUAGUUGAAGCACAUCAGAACUGGACAUUGCAGGGCCCAGUGCAUUUGAAUAUGGACAUAUUAUAGAUGAUAUUGAUAUUUGACUAUGGCAGUACAGUAUUUUAUGCAAACAUUGAAUGGAUGGAAACAGGCGAUCGCAGUCAGGAGGAAGUACAUUUUUUUCUCAAUUCAAAACAGCAGAUUUGAAUUUAUUGGUUUAUGGAAGAAGCAUAAAGCAAUGUCUGCGCUGCUCAGCUUCAUAAAGUGUAUACGUAAAUGUGCACAGAUGACGUCAAGCAUUUAUUUACACAAAUCGUUACACUGACCACCAGAAUAACCUUUACUUCUCAAAAGUAUUUGUUCUAAGAAUAUAAUAUUCACAGACAUGUGCAACCACACCAUAUUAGGACAAUUAAUACACACCACAAAUGACUUUUUAAACCACCACUUCUGACCAAUUUCAUUUGAAUUAGAUCUUAUGAACAAUAAUGCCAUUUUAUUGAAUAAAAGACAAUUUAGCUCAGUUUUGGUUAGGUUGUAUUUUUACUGCAAAAAGCGCUCGACUUCAUAAAUAUUAGUUUUAUGAACUGGACAAAACUCCUAAGCUGAAUAAACACCUAAAUGAAGUUACUGAUUAACUUACGAAUCAAUUUGCCUUUCAGCACCUGCCCUCUAUAGAAUUACAAAUAAAAGUCUUCAGUUCCCUCCAGCACAUUAACCUUCUCACCAGAGACGCACUGAGCAUCACUAUGACGUCGCUGCACGUGCUGCUCCUCCUCUGUGCUUUUCCUCUUUCAAAUGCUGAAGGCCGACUAAGAGAAUUCAAACUAAUAAAUGGAGAAUUCACCAGAGAUCUUGCAGUGAAUGAAUGCAGAACAAGCUACACUGACCUCGCCACAGUUUAUGACCAACAAGACAAUAUCAAAUUAAGGACACUGCUCAUUAAUGUUAAAACUAACCCAAUUGGAUGGAUCGGUGCAAAGACAGGAAGUUGCAGUAAGAAAUGGUCAAAUGGUGAUGAGGUCACAUAUAAAAACGAUUUUAAUAUGGAAUGUGAGGAAACACUCUGUGCUGCUAUGAAAUCUGAUGGAAUUUGGGAAUCUCUCAAGUGCACUGAGACAAGACACUUCAUGUGUUAUAAACAAGAUGUUGGGCAAGCAUCGUACGUGUUAAUACCUGAAAACAAAACCUGGUUUGAGGCUCAGCUGUACUGCAGAGAGAAUCACACUGAUUUAGUCAGCAUCAGUAAUGAAGAGGAAAAUCAACAGGUGCAGAAUGAAGGAAAAGAGAGUAUAACUCCUUUCUGGAUCGGCCUGCUGCAGGACAGAGUGGAAUGGUCUGAUGGAGGACAAUCUACUUACAGACACUACACAGAACGAUUGGGCGAAGGAGAUUAUACGAGUAUGCUUCAAGAUGGGAGCUGGAAAAGAAGUAAAGACGACAUUAAUCUACAACGUAUCUUAUGCUACAAAAGCUUCAUUCAUGUGAGUCUGGGUAAAAUGUCCUGGGAGGAAGCUCUGGAUUACUGCAACAGAAACUUUUUUGGUCUACUGCGCAUCGAGUCGGAGGAUGAUCAGAUAGAAACGGAGCGAGAGCUAAAAAGACAGAAUAUUUUAGAGCCAGUGUGGGUGGGGCUUAGACAGAGCCGAACUUUCGGAUCCUGGAUUUGGUCCAAUGGGCUCAGUGUGGGGAACUGGACCAACUGGAUAGAAGGAAGUCCACCAGAACAUCAAGUGUGCCGGCACUGCGGUGCCUUAGAGAAGGUGAAAGGUCAAUAUAAAUGGUGUGAUAAAGACUGCAGAUCUGAAUUUAGAGUUUUAUGUGAGGUAAAGUAAUAUACCUCUCUUUUAUGCUCUUUGGUUUAUCACAUGCACAGUUUUCAGCGCUCUGCUUCCCUAGAAUGAGGAAAAGAGCUCAUGCGUUCAAUAGUAAAUAGCGGCAUCAUUCAGCUCUUGUAUAAUAAAGCUCUUAUAGUUAGCACUAGAAGCUAGUUGGUACAGUAAUGCUGUACUUAGUGUUUCUGUUGCUUUUUCAUGUUUAUCUCAUUGAUUGAUUCAUUUUAUUAUUUUGUUGUAAACCUUUAUGCCUCGUACCAAGAAUUAACAUUAAAAGUUGUUGAUGAACAUUA